AUGGUACUGGCUGAAAGAGCCAUUUCCACACCAGAAUCACAGAAUACAGUCACGCCCCACAACAACCCUGCUACAACUAUGACAGACAACAACCCUGCUACAACUACGACAGGCAACAACCCUGCUACAACAACGACAGGCAACAACCCUGCUACAACUAUGACAGGCAACAACCCUGCUACAACUACGACAGGCAACAACCCUGCUACAACAACGACAGGCAACAACCCUGCUACAACUAUGACAGGCAACAACCCUGCUACAACUGCGACAGGCAACAACCCUGCUACAACUGCGACAGGCAACAACCCUGCUACAACUAUGACAGGCAACAACCCUGCUACAACUACGACAGGCAACAACCCUGCUACAACUAUGACAGGCAACAACCCUGCUACAACAACGACAGGCAACAACCCUGCUACAACUAUGACAGGCAACAACCCUGCUACAACUACGACAGGCAACAACCCUGCUACAACAACGACAGGCAAGAACCCUGCUACAACUACGACAGGGAACAACCCUGCUACAACUACGACAGGCAACAACCCUGCUACAACUAUGACAGGCAACAACCCUGCUACAACUACGACAGGCAACAACCCUGCUACAACUAUGACAGGCAACAACCCUGCUACAACCAGUACUGGUCAUAAUAAAUCCAGUAUGCCCAUGCAUAACAGACUUGUCAGAAAAAUCUCCCAGUUAAACUUUACCAAACUGAACCACAUUGGUCUUGGCCAGCACACAAGGACUAAAAACAAGGGAAGAAAACAAAGUAUCGUUCCUAAGUGUUCUCCUCACUGA